GAUAUGGCUGCACUGUGUGCGGAAGAUUGACAGUGACAGAUGAAUCGUAUGUUACGAUCCACGGUGAUAACACUAAUAGCAGUGACAACGCGGACAGUCGUUUCGUAAUGUCCGCAAAUUACUAUUUCGCUAUCGUUGGCCACGCCGACAAUCCGCUGUUCGAGAUAGAGUUCAACAAUGCGGGAAAAGACGCAAAGAAGGAGGAUCACUCGCAUUUGAAUCAAUUCAUCGCCCACGCGGCGCUUGAUCUUGUGGACGAGCACACGUGGAAAACGACGAACAUGCAUCUGAAAGUUGUGGAUAAAUUUAACCAGUGGUUUGUCAGCGCGUUUGUGACGGCGACCCAUAUCCGAUUCGUCAUGGUGCACGAUAGUAAGAAUGAAGACGGGAUCAAGAACUUUUUUAAUGAAAUGUACGAGACCUACAUAAAGUAUUCAAUGAAUCCAUUUUAUAAGCUAAAUACUCCUAUCAAAUCUGUGGGAUUUGAGAAAAAGGCACAGCUAUACGGUAGAAAAUAUUUAUCUUCGUGAACGUAAUGAUAAUGUAAAA